ACGCACGCGCAUAUCUGCAGCGUAGUCGCUAGCUAGGAGUAGGUUGUGUUGACCCGCAGCUCCUGGUCUGUUAUCGGGCUUUUUGCUUUUGACAACUUUACAACAGACUUCCCUAUUCCACAAUGCUACAAUUCCUGGCUGGCUUCACUCUGGGCAACGUCGUGGGUAUGUACCUCGCUCAGAACUAUGAUGUCCCCAACAUUUCCAAGAAAAUAGAAGCCUUCAAGAAAGAUGUGGAGGCCAAGAAGAAGCCCCCAGAGUGAGUGAAGAGGAUCUACAAUGUCAGCAGGAACCAAGGAACAUGUGAAAAUAGACUGGAUGAUAGAGACCAUGGGAUGAAAGAUGACACGCACAUGACUACUUACGUCUAAACAUUUUAUUUCAUCCAAAAACGUGUGUGUACAUUGGCUUACCAGUGUAAAAUAUUUAUCAGCAUAUAAACAGUGCCUGGGAUAGUAUUUUUUUUCCUCAUUUUUUCAAGCUCGUGUUCUUACAGUGCCCAUUUUGGGAAAAACUUAACUGUCUCGAUAUGAACAACAUAACUGGUUUUAAGGAUCACUUUGGGUCCAAAAAUCAGGGCACUGCUGGCUGGCUUUUGUAUGAAGCACUGUAGUGCUUUUAAUUACAUUUUGACAUUUAUAUUCACUGAGGCUUUCUUGUUAGAAAACUGAAAAAAAGUUAUAGCAGCAUUGAUAUUCUAGGUUUUAGCAGGUACGGGAAUUCUGUCGCAGAUUCACAAAAUCUCAGUUAUUUAUAUUCCAUCCUUUGUCAUAUUGGUGCAAAGACAAUUAUGAACUUGUCAGCUUCUAAUAAAGGUGCUGAACAUGAAUUUUCAGGUCUGUGGAUUGUGAAUUAAGAUUAUACGGGUGCAAAUUGUUUAUCUGCCGUGCUAAAUUGUCCCUAGGUG